AUGUCGACGACUGCUGCCAACAACCAUACCGGCAUCAUUCAACACCAUCCGUCAGGACAAUCUCAGCAACAAGGAGGAGGUGCCGGAAAUGCGGUCGCUUCACAGGCCAAACAACUUAUGGUUGUGUUGCAGAGUGGAUCUUAUAAGGUUCUAUCACUUGGCGCCGAUGUUCUGCCGGAGUACAAACUGCAGCAGACUCGGGUACAUCACUGCACAAUUGUACAUUAUAGUCCAUUCAAAGCAGUAUGGGAUUGGAUAAUUCUGUUACUCGUCAUCUACACAGCCAUCUUCACACCCUACGUCGCCGCAUUUCUCCUCCGAGAACUGCAAGAUACGACGAAAAAGUCUCGGUUUACGGAACCGCUGGAGAUUGUCGAUCUGAUAGUUGAUAUCAUGUUUAUUGUUGAUAUUAUUAUUAAUUUUCGCACCACAUAUGUCAAUGAGAAUGAGGAGGUCGUAUCACAUCCUGGAAAAAUUGCGACGCACUACUUCAAAGGAUGGUUCAUCAUUGAUAUGGUCGCCGCAGUGCCGUUCGAUUUGCUACUCGUCAGCACGAAUAGUGAUGAGACAACAACACUAAUCGGGUUGCUGAAAACUGCUCGUCUGUUACGAUUGGUACGGGUCGCCAGAAAACUGGAUAGGUAUUCUGAAUACGGUGCCGCCGUUCUACUUCUACUCAUGGCCACGUUCGCACUGAUAGCACAUUGGCUCGCGUGUAUAUGGUAUGCAAUUGGUAGUGCAGAAUUAUCACAUAAAGAAUACACUUGGCUGCAUCAGCUUUCAAAACAACUAACACAACCCUAUACGUCAACAAAUGGAACUGUACCCACUGGAGGGCCAACGUUAAAAAGUCGAUACGUGACGUCACUCUACUUCACACUAUCCACAAUCACAUCAAUCGGUUUCGGAAAUGUUUCGGCGACAACGGAUUCAGAAAAGAUAUUCACGAUUAUCAUGAUGAUAUUGGGUUCAUUAAUGUACGCUUCGGUGUUCGGAAAUGUGUCUGCAAUUAUUCAAAGGUUGUAUUCUGGAACUGCACGAUAUCAUACGGAAAUGUCAAGGUUGAGGGAGUUCAUCAGGUUUCACCAGAUCCCAAACCCACUACGACAACGUCUGGAAGAAUAUUUUCAACACGCGUGGGCUUACACCAAUGGAAUCGAUAUGAAUCUGGUGUUGAAGGGGUUUCCCGACUGUCUACAGGCAGAUAUCUGCCUCCAUUUAAAUCGAAAUCUUUUGAGUGGAUGUGCAGCGUUUGCAGGUAGUACGCCAGGAUGUUUGAGAGCGCUUUCUAUGAGGUUUCGAACAACACAUUCCCCGCCUGGAGACACUUUGGUACAUCGAGGUGACAUACUGACGGGGUUGUACUUCAUAGCAAGAGGGAGUGUAGAAAUAUUAAAUGAUGAUAACAAUGUGAUGGGAGUGCUUGGCAAGGACGAUAUAUUUGGAGAGAAUCCACUUCUCUAUGAUGAAGUGGGGAAGUCGUCUUGUAAUGUCAGAGCGCUCACCAAUUGUGAUCUACACAAGAUAUUGAGAGACGACCUCCUCGAUGUCCUCGACAUGUAUCCUGAAUUCGCCGAAACCUUUUGCAAGAAUCUCACCAUCACCUACAAUCUCCGAGACGAUGCUCAAAGUCUUCGAAAAAAAUUCGAUCGCCAUAAGCUCCUCCGAAUGUCGUCUUCUCUGAACAAAGACAGGCAUACAACACCUCCGGACGGAGAGAGCAGAAAUCCGACAGCCGUCAGAAGAAGUGCUGAAUCUGUGUCAAGAUGUGAUUCGAAUCCGAUUGAUAGGAGGCAGUCCGCGGGGUCUAGGAGCUCAUCUCGUUGCUCACCCCCACACGCUGCUCUCACUGCAACUCGUUCCGAAGCCACGCCCCUCCUUCGGCGACCCAUCCAACACGAAGAGGACGAUGCUCUUUUCGAUGAUAUCCGAGCAUUCGCACGUGGCAACACCGUCACAGUAUCGCCUACUGUAGCCGGGAACUCUGUGUCACCGACGACGGUGAUUGUUAAUAAUGAUGGGACACAGUCGCAACAGUUGAGCGACCGAUCAGACGAAUAUGAAGAUCGAAGAUCGUACAUGUUCGGCAGGAGGCUUGAAAAUAUUGAAAGCCAAAUCGAGCGAAUGCAGAACAAGUUCAACAGCGACAUGGAGACACUAAUCAAACUUGUGAAAGAUCAAGCAAUGGCUCGGAAUAACGGAUCAUCGAAUGAAGGCGACCAACAAUAUCCACGUCAUCGGCCGAACAACUACAUCUCGUCGGCGAUCCGCCUUCCGAACGGUGGUGGUGGUGGAGUGGUUGAGGAUAUGCGAGUAUCCCGACUCUCCUCACACGAACCGCCGACACCUACACAGGAAUCUGACACGAUUCUAUGA